AUGUCCAUUGAAUUACACCUCGUGGGUAGUCAUUCGGGGGUUGGUGGAACAGCCUUGGACUCAUCGAAUGCUGUUGAUGCUCGUUACUCAAGGAUGAGUCAGGAGGAUGAUUCCUCAUCGAGUAUUUCACAUCGUCAGCAGCACCAUCAUCAUCAUCAAGAGAAUAAGAGGAGAGGAAAGUUGCAAACUUUUAUAGUGGGAGUGAGACAAUGUAAUCCAUUUGCAAUGUUUGUGGCCCUUGCAUUGCUGUUCAUAUUGAUGGGAGCUAUUGCUUUCUUAACGUUGAUUUUGUGCAUCUUGUUGAUUGAUUCAUCACCUGAACCAAUUGUUAUUCUUGUAUCCAUAGACGCCUUCAGAUAUGACUUUGUGGAUAAAUUUGCAAAAUACAUGCCUGCCUUGUCCUCGCUCCGAAAGCAGGGAGUGACCGUUGGUAGAAUGCAACCUUGCUUUCCAACAAAGACCUUCCCUAAUCAUUACAGUAUUGCAACAGGUCAAUAUGUGGAAAAUCAUGGACUUGUUUCAAAUAGCUUCUAUGAUAGAAAUGCUCCAUUUGCUAACAAAUUGUUCAAACAAACAUUGACUGAUCCUUACUGGUGGUCUCAGGGAGAACCUAUUUGGAUCACUGCAGAAAAACAAAAUGUUUCAACUGCUACCUAUGAUUAUCCAGGAGGUAACGUGAAAAUUCAAGGAAUUUAUCCAUCAUUUUACGAACCUGUCUAUAUUAAGGAAAGUGGAUUUGAGAGACGUCUUGGAAAAAUUGAACAAUAUUUGAAAAUGAAGAGGGAUAAGGUCCCUGGAGCUCCAUCUCUCAUCAUGUACUAUGUGAGUUGGGUUGAUUCUGCUGCUCAUUACUACGGUGUCCCAGACACUGAUGAUAGCACCACUAAUGAUAGUGCUGUAUUUUAUAAUGCUCUCAAAACUACUGAUGGUUUCAUUGAUGGAAUUAUGAAAAAGAUUGAUGAACUUGGAAUGAAAUCGAGAGUUAAUUUCCUUAUAGUUUCAGAUCAUGGAAUGCUUAAUUUGAGCGCGGAUAGAAUUGUUUGGAUUAGAACCAUGUUGGAAAAAUAUUACAAUGAAACCCAACCAACCAAUCGAGUUGAUUUCAAAUCAGUAGUGACCAGUAAUACAGUUGGAACAUUGGUAGAUAUGAAUGUACUCGUCAAUAGUACUGAUGCAGUAUUGAAAAGGAAUACCAUUAAUCAACUCUAUACUGAUCUUCAAGAAACUGUCAAGAGAUAUUCUUUGAAUUGUACCAUUUACAAACGAGAUGAAAUUCCAGCCCAAUAUCAUUAUAAUAAGAAUGAAAGAAUUCCUGAUAUUUUACUCAUAUCAGACCCUGGAUAUUAUAGUGGAUUGGAUUCUUCAGCUUGGUGGAAUGAAAGAGGUGAUCAUGGCUAUAGAAAUGAUAUCGAUGAAAUGUAUGCCUUCUUUACUGGAAUUGGACCUAAAUUGAAGAGAGGAGGUGUGAAAGCAUAUGAAAUGAUACAAAAUAUUCAUAUUCACUCCUUAAUUGCCGAAUUACUCAAAAUUAAACCAUCCACUAUAACAGAUGGUAAUAUUGAAAAUAUUAAGAAUGUUCUUUCCUAUCAGAAAAAGUAA